AUGUUUAAACCAAAAAUGAAAAAGAUCUAUGUUGUUGUACUUGAUCCAAAGUUACCAAAGGAUUAGAGACUCUUGUGUAUAGAAUGUUUAGAGAAUACAGACACAGAUGGCAAAGUUGUAGGGUUUAAAAAAUUAUUUCAUUAAGAGAAGAAAAUUAGAUCAAGAGAUAGAGAAGGUAGAAAAGGUUAUUGUUAACUAAAUAAAGUUAAUUGAAUCAUUGCAUAGUGUUGUCGAUCAAAUGA